CCCAGCCUCAGGCUGUUCCUCCAGAAAGUAGCCACCGUUUUAAACCUAACGAUGUAACUCAAGGGGCAGAUUCCCGUCAGCAGCCGCGGAACGAGGCUAGCUGAAUGCGAGGGCGGCGAGUGGACGGAGGAGGCGGAGGCGGCCUCAAAUCAGACGACGCAGGUUUUAACCCCCCCCCCAACUUAAAAAAAAACAAGACACUCCGCGCUCUUCCCGCCUUAAAGUGCGCAACCAUUGGCUGGCGAUGACAUCACCGUUGGGAUGACGAGAACAAGCCGGAAGUUCUGAAGCGACGCCCUUCAGCAGCAACCGACAGGGGCAGAAUUCCGGGGAGGGAAGCGACCGCGGAAAAGAUGGCUGCGGAGAGUUAUCCGAGGUCGUCCAUUGAGGACGACUUCAACUAUGGCACGAACGUCGCGACGGCUAGCGUGCACAUCCGCUUGGCUUUCCUGCGCAAAGUCUAUAGCAUACUUUCAGUCCAGAUUUUUUUGACAACUGUAACCUCUGCAGCUUUUCUCUAUUUCACAACAAUCCGGACGUUUGUACAUGAAAGCCCUGCUUUACUUUUGAUGGGCUUGGUUGGUUCUUUGGCUCUGAUUGUGGCGUUAACUCUAUAUAGACAUCAGUAUCCAGUUAAUUUAUAUCUUCUCUUUGGAUUUACUUUUUUGGAAGCACUGACUAUUGCCAUUACAGUGACUUUCUAUGAAGUAUCAAUUGUGUUACAAGCCUUUAUUCUGACAACAACUGUGUUUUUAGCCCUUACUGUGUACACAUUGCAAUCCAAACGGGAUUUCAGUAGAGCUGGAGCGGGGCUCUUUACUUGCUUGUGGAUUCUUCUCCUGACAAGCAUUUUAAAGUUAUUUUUCAAUAAUGAAGUAGUAGAACUGGUAUUUGCUGCUGCAGGAGCGCUUCUGUUCUGUGGAUUUAUCAUCUACGACACUCAUCUAUUAAUGCACAAACUCUCUCCGGAAGAAUAUAUACUGGCUGCAAUCAAUCUUUAUUUGGACAUCAUCAAUCUGUUUUUGCACCUGCUCCGUUUGCUAGAAGCAUUUAAUAAAAAGUAAUAGGAAGUUUUAAUUCAAAUUUGAGAUAAUUUAUAUGCAGUAUCUAAAGAGUUAAUUAAGACCUAGAAAAUCUGCAGUCUACUUUGAGACUGAAGCUUGGUUUUACAUUCUGUAAAGCUGAUUCUUACUGAAUCUAUUCUGAGAUCAGUUAAUUAUAUAUUGCAGGCAUCUUGGCUGUUUGGCAAAGGCUUACUCCAUCUAUUUGCAUAUUAUUAGUAUUGAUUGAAAGACUUGCUCAUCAACUCAUUUGUGCCAAUAAGUACCAUUAAAAUUCUAUUUUAUUCCUGCAGUAAUUGCCACAGAUGUGUCCUUUGAGAGUUACAGUUGUUGCUGGUUGAAUAACAUAAAGUCUCCUUGAUUUCACUAUU